AAAGCAAGCCGUUUCCCGGAAGGGGCGGGACUAAUGGCGAAGGCGCUGGAUUCGAAAUUGCAGCUUGGGGCUUAGUGCUUGGGACAGGAGCGAGAGGCUUCCCCCGCCCCUCAGCUGUUUGCCUGCUUCCAUGAUUCCUUCCUUAAGUGUACUUCAGAUAAUACUGGAUAAUCAGCCAUCAGGAUGGGAGUGAAUGACUUGUGGCAAAUUUUGGAGCCUAUAAAGCAACAUAUCCACUUGCAGGAUCUUAGUGGAAAAACCCUUGCUGUUGAUUUGAGUCUCUGGGUAUGUGAGGCACAGACAGUGAAGAAAAUGAUUGGAACUGUCGUGAAGCCCCACCUCAGGAACCUGUUUUUUCGAAUUUCAUAUUUAACUCAAAUGAAUGUAAAACUGGUGUUUGUAAUGGAAGGGGAUCCACCAAAGCUGAAAGCUGAUGUCAUGAGUAAGAGGACUCAGACACGUUUCGGGCCUUCUGGAAAAUCGAGGUCUCAGAAAACAGGGAGAUCACAUUUUAAGUCAGUCUUACGAGAGUGCCUUGAAAUGCUAGAGUGCCUGGGAAUGCCCUGGGUCCAGGCUGCUGGGGAAGCUGAGGCCAUGUGUGCUUAUCUUAAUGCCAGUGGCCAUGUGGAUGGCUGCCUCACCAACGACAGCGAUGCUUUCCUUUAUGGAGCCCAGACUGUUUACAGGAAUUUCACUAUGAACACAAAGGAUCCACAUGUUGACUGUUACACGGUAUCGUCUAUCAAGAGUAAGCUAGGCUUGGAUCGAGAUGCUCUGGUCGGACUGGCAGUGCUUCUUGGUUGUGAUUACCUUCCAAAGGGAGUGCCUGGAGUUGGAAAAGAACAAGCAUUAAAACUUUUGCAGAUUUUGAAAGGUCAAAGUUUGCUUCAGAGAUUUAAUCAGUGGAUUGAAGAACCUUGCUACUCUGUUCCACGACCAGCAGCAAAAAAAGUGGUUCAUUGCUCUGUGUGUUCCCAUCCAGGUUCGCCUAAGGAUCAUGAACGUAAUGGAUGCACAUUAUGUAGAAGUGAUAGAUACUGUGAACCACAUGAUUAUGAAUACCUCUGUCCUUGUGAAUGGCACCAGGCAGACCAUAAUAGGCAACUAAAUGAAAUAGAAAACAAUAUUAAAAUGAAAGCUUGCAGUUGCGAAGGAUUUCCAUUCUAUGAGGUCAUCCAAGAAUUCCUUUUGAAUAAGAAUAAAAUGUUAAAACCGAUCAAGUACCAAAGACCUGAUUUAUUAUUGUUUCAGAGAUUUACUGUUCAAAAAAUGGAGUGGCCCAGUCACUAUGCAUGUGAAAAAUUGUUGGUGCUUUUGACCCGCUAUGACAUGAUAGAAAGAAAACUUGGUAGAAUGACAUCCAAUCAACUACAGCCAAUUAGAAUUGUUAAACCCCGAAUCAGGAAUGGAGUCCAUUGUCUUGAAAUAGAAUGGGAAAAGCCUGAACAUUAUGUGGUAGAAGAUACAGAACCUGGAGAACUGGAUCUCCUUACAAUCGAAGAAGCAUCACUGUUUGAAGCAGCCUAUCCUGAGGUUGUGGCUAUCUACCAGAAUCAACAGCCAGAGACUAAAGGGAAGAAACAGAAAAGUAUGAAAAAUAAGCCUAAAGAAAGCCAUUUACCAGAAUCAGAUAAUGUGAUCAUUUCUCAGUCACAUAUGACUUUAAAACCUACAUCUAAAGCCUUCCCCAAGCAGAAUCCCAAAAUUAAUUUGGAAAUUUCUCCAGAUGCUGUUUUAGCACAGGAAUCUAAUUCUUCCUCAUUGAGUAGUCUUGUUUCCCUUGAAAAUGCUCCCUGUUUGAAUUUGCAAGAACAGUUAAUGCCUUGUCCAAGAAGCUUGGCUGUAAAGCAAACUAAAGAUGUCAGUAAUUUUCUAGUUUCAGAAUGUAGUCAACCCAGCUCUUCAUCCCGUGAUAUUUCUGUGAUUACUGAUCUACAGUUGAGUACCAUUGACUGGGCAGGUACUUCUUUUAGUAAUUCUCCAGCAGUUCAAAGAAACACUUUCUCUCAAGAUUUACAAUCAGAACCUGAAUCAUCAGCCAUCCUUCCUGGCUUUGAACAGUUGUCAUAUGAGUCAGAACAAUGUACCUCGAACAAUGAAAUGUCCGAUAGAGAUCUUCAGAAGAAUAGUCCUGAGGAACACCUCCUUUCUGGCAUCACUGGUUUACAUCUUCAUGAGUUGCCUCUAAAGGAAAGAAUACAUAUAAAAUCUUCAUGCCCUCAGUAUAAUGUAGGAGCAGAUGCUGACCUGGAAAGUUUGCCCCUAAAAAUGAAAGGCUCUUGUAUUGCUUACAGUAGGUCUGGUGGUUCAUCCCAUUUUUCAAAGGAUCUUACAGGGGUAUAUCUUCACAAAGAGUCCAGACACUCUAAAGUUCUAGACAGCCAACUCCUUCAAGAAAACUUCAGGGCAAAUACUUCUUUACCUUAUUCUUUCAACGACGAAGCAGUAAAGACUUCCAGUCUUCAAGUUGGGCUGCCAACUGCUGCUAUACCUCAUAAUCCAAAGGUUGCUGUGAAAACUACUAAAAAUCUUGUCAUGAAGAAUAGUGUUUGCCUUGAGAGAGAUUCCUCAGAUGAAGAAAAUGCUCCAGUGUCCUGGAAAGCUAAGUAUACUGCUCCAAAAAUGAAACAGGGUUCUCAGAAGCACAGCCUAGUCCAUGUCAGAGAUAGUAAUCACAACAAACUCAGAAAUCCUAAAGUAAAAUCUAAAGAAACAAAACUGUAUACUGAGUCUUUCAAAACAGCUGAACAUAAAGAACACAGGUUCUCAGAUCCAGCAGGAAAUUCUCAGAGUUUUAUACAAUGUCAUAACAAAGACAAGGACUCUACUGCCUGCUGGGAAAGUCCUCUCCCGUUACGCCAGAGGUUAAAACUCAGGUUCCAGAACACUCAAAGUGGAUUUUAUAAUACGUAAGUUUAAUGUGUGUGAAUGCUGGUAGCAUUAGCAGAAGCCAAGCAAACUCGUGUUUGAUAGAAAAUGUACAUGAUUAUGUGCCAUUUAAAUCAAAAUUGUAAUUUUAAAGUAUUAACAGGUGUGGCUCAUGCCUACAGUCACGGUAUGUACGAAGUCGAUGGAGUCCAGAGGAUCAUCCACCAGGAGUUCAAAGUCAUCCUCUGGUAUAUGGAGAGUGU